CAACACUAUACCUUUCAUGUCAAUGUCAAUCAAGUCCUCAAAUGUCAUUGUCAAUAUCAAAACACUUCGAAUUUGCGACGCGAGUGUUUAAUUUUAGCCAGAAAAAUGUCUGCUAGAAAAGCUAUUCAAGUUGGAACUAAAAAUGUAAGGCCAGUACUUUCCUUGAAUCAUGGGGAGGCUAAAAUGCGAGUAUUGAGCUUGUACAGGGCUUGGUAUCGCCAAAUCCCUUACAUGGUUAUGGACUAUGACAUGCCAAAGAGUGAAGAUCAAUGCCGAGCUAAGCUGAAGGAACUGUUUCUUCAAAACAAAGACGUCACCGACGUCAGGGUUAUUGACAUGCUUGUUAUUAAGGGUCAAAUGGAGCUUAAGGAGACAGUAAACAUGUGGAAACAAAAAGGACAUGUAAUGGCAUACUUCAAGCCCACUGAGGAUCCCAAACCAAAAGAUUUCCUUUCAAAAUUCUUCACUGGCAAUGAAUAAAUAAUUUCAUUAUAGAUAUAUGUACAUAGUCAAAUCAUAAUCUAAGUAAUAAACAAAGUGUUGAGAAAUAGAUCCUUGAAAUAAUAUUUGUUGCAAUUUUAAUGUAGUUUUUUGAUGAGUUUACCUUAUCUUUUAUAUAAUUAACUAAUAUCAACGAAACUUAUGUCCUACCUUAUAGUAAAUGGACACCAUAGCUUAGGCACAGUUUGUUUUGUACUAUGGGGUAAAUCUGUAAAGGCACCUUGUUUAAUGAGGAGAAAGCCUUAGCUUUUCUAGUGUGGGAUUCUCAUCUACCAUCAUAGCAACUAAGUACAUAUGCAACUCUUUUUGAAUCAUUAGAGAAUCAUCCUAUGGAUUGAAUGUGUGACUCUUACUGACUCAAAACCAACCCAGAGAAGGCAGUUCUCUUACUUGGAACCCGCUGUGGUACAUCAUUGCACUUACACCUGCAACCCCUUGUCUUUGGUCCCAGUGGGCCCCAUUUGUGGCAGGCUGAUAGAUCUUUGAGGCGCGCGGACAUGCAUCCACCUAUCACAAAUGUAUUGGGAACUAGGUAUAAAAGAUAGGAAUCAACACUCAUCAGUCACUCUGAUCUGAUCUUUGUUUUGUAAUAAGUAAGUAAAAAUUUAAACUUUGUCUAAGGAAUGCGAUGGAGAGGGUUGGGUAAUUUGAAUUAGGCACUGUAAUAAUUAUUGUUCUUAAAUAUUAAACUCAUAUGACAUAAUAAAACCUACAUGUAUUGUAACAUAAACCUAAAGCAAAAUGAGUAAAACAUUGUUGACUAACGCGUCAAAAUUGACAGUUUUUGAUCUAAAAACGACUGAAACAAUUUGAAAGACCUCAGAUAAAAGAUUUUUUGAUACAGCAAAAUGUGUUCACGUGCAGCCGCCUUCAGGAACGUCAGACCUUUGAUGUCCAAAGAUUAUUGCGAAGCUCGCAGACGUGCAAUUGGACUAUACAGGGCUUUUUAUCGAUACAUUCCUUACAUCAGUAAGUGAAAAUUAUUGCUGUCACUGUCUUAUACAAACAUUCUGACGCGACAGCAUCAUAAUUAUUCCCCAACUA